AUGGAUCAUUCAAGACCAGGUCUUGACCUGGAGAAGGAACUCACCUGCUCAAUCUGCACAGAGCUUCUCUACCAGCCUCUUACCCUCCUCGACUGCUUGCACACCUACUGCGGCGCCUGUCUAAAGGACUGGUUCAGUUUUCAGGCCGCCUCGGUCGACUACGCGCCCACCCCUCCCGCUCCAGGAACCCCGAUCUUCACCUGUCCGUCAUGUCGAUCCGGGCGAAAAGAGGAGAUUAUGAGCAAGUACAAGCCCGGCCAGAAUGUGCUGCCCAAGAUCAACAUGGACAAGUCGGCCGAGCAGCUUCGCGCCGAAGAAGAGGACCGGCGACUGAUGGAGGAGGUGCGGGUCAUGAGCUUGAGAGAGGCGGGCGUCGAGUCCUCCUCGUUAGCGCCAGCUUCGCGCCGACGGCGAGCCGAAAGCCGAAGUCGGGAUGCCAGCCGCGAUAGCCGCCAGCCAAGACGAGCGACGGAGGGCGCGGCACGGCUGCGGGGCGAAGAGGGCCGGACACGAAACGGAGUAGAGACGCGGCGGCGGGCGGACGAAUCGGCAGAAGCGAGAACAACGCGGCAGAUUGAGCACCAGUCGUCGAUCCGUUCGCUCAUUAGCGCGACAAAUAUGAGCGAGAGGGACAUUGAACGGGAGAUUGAAGAGUUUGCGCGGCAGAUCCAGGAGGAAGGCAUACUCGACGGACUCGACCUCGACAACAUUGACCUGGAACGCGACGACGAGCUGAGUCGGCGCAUCACGGAAGCGUAUAGGAGACGACAACGGGAUCGCGCGAGGCAGCCGGAGCCGGCAAGACGAGGCGGCGCGGCGCCACCAAACGAGACGCGGUCCGAGGUGGGUGGCGGGGUCGAACUACAGCGACCUCGAGACGAAGGCCGGGCGGUCAGCAGGCGAAGAAACUCGACGGGGGCGAGGAUGCACGCGGAAGAUCCAACCCGGUCGCAGACCAGCUCCGGUCACCUCGAAGUGCAACCCGAGCAGCGGCACCGGCGGAGGACGGCGAGCUCGUCGCGGACAUCCACCACGCCCGUCACGCCGAGCCCGGUCAUCAUCCCGCCAACCACACGAUCACACACCGACUUGGGCAACCAGACGCGCCCAGGCACGGCUAACCCGAGAUCCGUGUUGCCCGAGGCCCGCAGCACAAGCUCGCCGUCCUCGACGACGACGGCAGCGCAGCCGCACGAUUUGCCUAGCCCCACGCGCAUGCAGCGGUCGCACCGGCCGGCCGAGCUGGGGCUCCUCAACCAGUCGGCGCACAGCAGCCCCAUGGACAGUCCGACGACGCUGUCUCCGGGCAUCAAGAGGCCGCCGCUGCGAUUUACCGAGCCCGCGCUCAGCUGCUCGCGCUGCCACCGGCAGAAUAUCGAAUACGGCGUGCACUACAACUGCGGGGCGUGCGCGGGGGCAACUGGAACAUUUGCUCAGACUGCUACCGAGGCGGCAAGGGGUGUCUGCAUUGGUUCGGCGCCCGCACAUACUGCGGCCGAGCCGGUACGCGCUCCCAAGGAGGCGCCGAUCCGAAACGAAGACGGCUGGCUGCAGACGGCGGAAGACCCGAUGCAGAGGCUGCAGAGCGGGACGUUUUGCGACAAGUGCUCGGCGUGGUCCAACGGGUGCUACUGGCGGUGCGGGACGUGCAACUUUGGCGACUGGGGGUUCUGCAACAACUGCGUCAACCAGGGCCGGUGCUGCUCGCACCCGCUCCUGCCGUACGUGUACCAGCCGCCGUCGACGACGCACAACACGCCGCCCGGGAGCCCGCGGGCGCCCAAGGCGCCGCACAACACGUCCAUCUCGGCGGGGUCUCUGUCGGCGGCGGCGGCGGGCGGCGGGUUCAGCAGCUUCCACUCGCUGACGUUUGUGACGCGGUGCGACCUCUGCCAGGAUCCGAUCCCGCCGACGCAGAGCCGCUUCCACUGCUUCGAGUGCGUCAGCUCGGUGGAGCCGGACACGCAGCCGGGCGACUACGACGUGUGCGUGUCGUGCUACACCAACCUGGUGCGGGAGCGGCAAAUCAGCGCGGAGAACGGCCUGGCGGGGUGGCGGAGGUGCCUGGCGGGCCACAGGAUGGUGGUGAUGGCGUUCCAGGAGAGCACGGCGGGGCAGAAGAGGUACAUUGUGCAGGACCUGGAGGGCCGGAUGCUGGGCCGGCUGGUGACGACGGACGUGGCGGCCGCGGCGCCGGCGGUGGUGGAUGCGCGGGAGGGCGGGGCGCCGCUGGACGGGCUGGUCAUGGUGUCGGCGCAACAGCAGCAGCACGGUUUCCCGCCGGACGGGGGUGCGGGUCGGUGGCGCGGGCGCGGUGGGGGUGGCUCCCGUGCAGGGGCGGCCGGUGGCGGAGGACGAGCUGUACUUUCCGCGGAAUGCGGAGAUUCGCGAGUUCCCCGUGAUGCUGCGGAGGAAUAUCCUCCAAAGGGUGUCCGCGCCUUUGCGAGCGCCGCGAUCCCUCCGCGGGAGCCUACCGCCCACACGAUAGGGGUUUCCAAGGCCCAGGGCGUGGCCAAUGGCUUGACUGAGGCGAUCGGCAACACUCCCCUCAUCCGCCUCAACCACCUCUCCAACGAAACGGGCUGCAACGUCCUCGGCAAAGCCGAGUUCAUGAACCCCGGCGGCUCCAUCAAGGACCGCGCCGCUCUCUACGUCGUCAAGGACGCCGAGGAGCGCGGGCUCCUCCGCCCCGGCGGCACCGUGGUGGAGGGCACGGCCGGCAACACGGGCAUCGGCCUCGCCCACGUGUGCCGGUCGCGCGGCUACAAGCUCGUCAUCUACAUGCCCAACACCCAGUCCCAGGGCAAGAUUGACCUCCUACGCCUCCUCGGCGCCGAGGCCCGCCGCCACGCCGAGUCCCUCGACAACGCCGUCUGGACGAACCAGUUCGACAACAUCGCCAACCGCCGCGCCCACAUCGAGACCACCGGCCCCGAGAUCUGGGCGCAGACGGCGGGGCAGGUCGACGCUUUUACCUGCUCCACCGGCACCGCGGGGACGUUUGCCGGCAUCACGCGUUUCCUCAAGACCGCCGUGCUCCAUUCCUACAUCACCUCGGGCGGGAAGCUGACGGAGCGCGCCGGCUCCUCCAUCACCGAGGGGAUUGGCCAGGGCCGCGUGACCGAUAACCUGGCCCAGGAUAUCGACCUCGUUGACGGUGCCCUGCACAUUAGCGACGAGAAGAGCAUUGGCAUGGUGUACCGCUGCCUCGACGAGGAGGGUCUCUAUCUCGGUGCUAGCUCCGCGCUCAACGUCGUUGCCGCCAAGGAGGUGGCCGAGAAGCUCGGCAAGGGCCACACCGUCGUCACCGUCCUGGCCGAUGGCGCCUACAGGUACGCCGACAGGCUUUUCUCUAGGAAGUGGCUCGAGAGCAAGAACCUUCUUAGCGCCAUCCCCAAGCAUCUCGAAAAGUACAUUGUUCUUCCUUAA